CACUGAAAGCACCCCGGCCGGAAUCACCAAGGUGGCAUUUGCUAGCUAAAAGUUAGAGCAAGAAAAACAGUGGAUUUAAAUGAAUAAAUCUGCACAGAGAGUCUCCAUCUAUGUUCACCUGGUGUGAUCCACCCCUAAAGAGACAUCUUGGCUGCUUCUAUCAGGCGGUGUAUCGACUGCUACAUCUUUAGUGACUGAGAGGAAGGAAGGAUGCCAGAUGCUGGAAAUCAGUCGUGCGUGGUGGGAGCAGAGGACAUGUUCACCUUCUUUGUGUGUGUCUUUCAUGUGUGGGAAGAAUGGGUGGGCCUUGGCCAGUUGGAGGACUACCUGAGUGUUUUGGAGUACUUAUUGUGGGUCGUUACCCCUCUAGCUAUUGUCUUCAUCCUGCCAUUCCUCAUCGUCAUCCUCCUUUACCUCUCCAUUCUUUUUCUUCAUGUCUACAAGAGAAAGAACCAGUUGAGGGAGGCGUACUGCAACAACCUGUGGGAUGGAGCAAGGAAGACACUGGCCACCCUGUGGGAUGGCCAUGGAUCCAUAUGGCACGGCUACGAGAUCCAUGGGAUGGAGAACAUCCCCGCCAAUGGGCCAGCACUGAUUGUGUACUAUCACGGAGCCAUUCCCAUAGAUUACUACUACUUCUUGGCCAGUGUUAUUAUCCAGAAAGGGAGAACCUGUCACUCUGUAGCUGACCACUUCCUCUUCAAAAUACCAGGGUUCAAGUUAUUGUUGGAGGUGUUCAGUGUGAUGCACGGUCCUCAAGAGGAGUGUGUGCAGGCUCUGAGGAACGGCCAUCUGUUGGGGAUCUCUCCAGGAGGUGUGCGAGAGGCUCUGUUCAGUGACGAGACGUAUCCUCUUCUCUGGGGCAAACGCAAAGGCUUUGCCCAGGUCGCCAUUGACUCUAAAGUGACCAUAAUUCCGAUGUUUACACAAAAUAUCCGAGAAGGCUUCAGAUCUCUGGGAACACUGAGAUUUUUCCGUUGGUUGUACGAGAGGUUUCGUCUUCCUGUAGCUCCAGUUUAUGGGGGAUUCCCGGUCAAGUUCCGGACUUUCCUAGGUGAUCCAAUCCCAUAUGACCCCAACAUAACUGCUACCGAGCUGGCAGAAAAAGUAAAACAGGCUGUCCAGUGUCUGAUAGACAAGCACCAGCAGAUUCCAGGGAACAUCCUGAGAGCCCUUCUGGAGAGAUUUCACACCAAAUACAAAGACCAGUAGCAGCUCCAUAUCAACCAUAGCAACUAUAUUUUUCAGCAAUGUCAUUUUGCAAGAAAUGAAUGAGAACAACAGGCUACUUUUGAUGUCAAUGUGAACUAAAAAUGUGUCCUGACCUUUUAAAAGUGAGCCAAGGAGAGGGAACAUGCAUGUCAUGUCUUUUAUGCGGUGUACUUAACCAGUCCACACUUAUAAAAGAUGUUCUUUUUCCCCCCACACGUAGUGUGACGCCAGAGAACGCCAGAGAACAACUUGAAUGAAGACUUCAACAUUCUGAACGUAAACUGCACCAACGUUUGGAAGAAUUGAAUCCUAGUCCAUCAUUCCUGCAUCCUCCGUGCUUUAUUUGAAGGAUUUUUAAACCUUUUAACGAUCAUUUUUGUCCAGAUUGUGGUUUUGAGAUGUCAUUUAUUACAAAUAAGUAUUUGCUCCUCUGAUGAUUUUGUUUAAGAAGUUUAACUUCUGGGAAGUUUAACUUCCUCGAAAGAGCGCUCUUGUAGUUGCUCACCAGGGUUGGAGGCAAGGAGGGAUUUGGGUUUCCACCUCCAUGUUUGACAGUAGGGAUGGUGUUGUUGGACUCAGUCACCAUUUCUCUGCCUUCAAACACGUCCAGUCCACUUGAUGCAUGCAAAGAGCUCCGUGUUGGUGUCAUGUGACCACACCUCAUCACACCCUCCCAAGCCUUGUGUGAAUCGUUCAGGUGUCGCGUGUCAGAUUUCAGGCUUGUAGUCCAUUCCAGUCUUGUGCAGGUCUACAAUCUUGUACCCGAGGUCAGCCCUUUGGUCUUCUGUGUUUUGGUCUUGCCCGUGGUGGUGGAGAGGUUCGGAUGGAAAUGUGUUUGUGUGACAGGUGUCUUUUUAUCCACAUUCCUCGCCGUUUUAAUUUCGCAGCUUCACUUUAUCACGGUUUUUCAAAAAUAGAUUUCGAAAUCUUGCUAUUUCGUGGUUGAAUAUGGCCUAUUAUUAGUCCAAAAAUAUGAAUAAGCAAAGUUUUUGGCCCAAAUUAAGCAUCUUCUAACAUAAAAAUGGCUAAAUGAAGUAAAAUACAAAUGUCAGGCAUUCAGAAGACGCACUCAAGACAUGUGAUAUGUGGUAUUCUACACUGGUCACUAGGUGUCAGUAAUGUUACAUUAAUGAGACAAUAGCCACUGCAGGAAGUACUGUACAGAACAGGAAGUAAGAACAAGGAAUUCUCCCAAUGCUAGUGUGUGUGUCUGUUAUGUCUCAUUUAUGUUUUAUGUCUUAUUUUAUAUGUUAUUAUAUUGAGUAAUAGUGUAAAGGUGACUUUAGGGGUGUUAUUUCUUGUCUAGAGGGCUCUAAUGUUAAAAAAAAACAGGUUUUCUAUUCUCUAACUGUGAAAAUAUUUGAUUUAUAAAAAAGGAAUCACGGAAAAUCACUUAUGGUCGGAUCUGGAACAGAUUAACCGCAAUAAACGAGGGAUUAAAUGCUUUCUUAAAUGGACGGAACUAAAAUAAAAACCGGUGUGUGGGCUUCACGAGGCUUGCUGAAGGUAGGGGAUCAAAUACUUAUUUCAUGCAAAUACUGAUUAAUUUAUAACCUUAAUUUAAUGGGGGGUUUUCUACAUCCAGUCUGUCUCUGGAUAAAGCUACCAGAAAAAUGAGGGACUGUUCAUAUAUUUGUAUGUAUAUACUUAUUAAAAGGUGAAAGAUUUUGCAUAAAAUGAUUUUUUUCUUUUUAAAUGUCCUGUCAACUCGGUUUGUUUUUCGAGGUUUGUGUUAUUGUGAAGAUGUGUUGUUGAACUGGAGAUAUUUUGUGUGUGUAUUGUUGCCUUUUUGUAUUUAUAAAUGGAGUCUACAUAUCGCUGAUCUUAGGUGGAUUUGAGGUUCGACGAACAUCAUUGAAACCAGUGAAUCUCAUUAGGCGGGUCUUAACAACCCCAAAAUGUAAUAACCCGAUGUUUGUGAACGCACAGCGCGUUCUUGUCUGUGCUGUUCACUUGCUACGCCGCCACGAGGUGUGUGCAAUGUUUGCGGGUGACUUUGUCAAGCUUGAGUGGGACGGGAAAGAUAUUAAGUGGGGACUUAAAGGGGACCUGUUAUGCUUUCCCUUUUUUCCUGACUUAUAAAUGAUGUAUUCUCGUGUUAAACGACGCCAACGCGUCAGAUAAUGAGGUUUGCGCUUUUGGAAGUAAGUCCUGAAAGCAGUUUUGGACGACUCUGCACACAGAGUUCCAUUGACGUCAGUGCAACGCAGACUUUCUUAUAUGGGCAUGUCCAGGUAAACGUAGGCCUGCCCUCCCCCUCUGCUUCGCUCUGCUCUGUUUACUAUGUUAGCAUGUAUGGCUCCCAGGACAUGUUCGGGUGUUCCUAAAGAGGCAAGCAUCAGGCAGAAGUGGUUGGAGUUGCUGACUCCCGGCCAGCAAGAGAAAAAUAUUCUCAUCUGUCAACGGCACGUCACACGGGACUGUUUCAUGAACAUGGGCCAAUACGAAGCUGGAUUAUCCGCCAAACUGUUACUGAAGUCAGAUGCCUUUCUAACGUUACUUGGUUGCGUUGAGUUAAAACAGCAAGCUGUAAGCAACCAUUUAUCAGUGUCCUGUUUAUUUUGUGUAAGUAAUCGGACAAAAGGGGUUUGGCAGCUGUCUGGAAGUCCUUAGGAGCGCUUGGGAGUGUGACCAAUCACAGCGGAGUGGGCUUGCCAGCAGGUGUACCUGGAGAAAAGUAAAUUACACAGACCGUUUGGCCGGGAGACACGAAACACUGCAGGAAGAGGUGCAGAGUCUGGAAGAUCUCGAAAGCUUUCUGUGCGGGUUAUCGUGUGUAGCUGCUCUAUGGGAGUCCAGAACUCAAUACAAAGGCCCGAAAAUGAGUAUAAUAGGUCACCUUUAACGUACCGUCCCAUGCGACACUCAGCUGCAGAUACGGUAUCUGCUGGAGAAGAGCUCACCCAAACAGUCCCUUUAAAUAUAAGCUAUUUGAAACAGAGUUGAAAAAUGUCUGCAAUUUGGGUCGCCGCUUGUCAUUAAGGGGUGAUGGGUCCUGCAGCCAAACCAGUUGACAACCACUGGUCUAAAACUGUGCACUUUUAAAUGUUGAAUUCGAUUUGAAUAAAAGUAUUUUUUUUAAA